GUUCAUGCGCAGAGGUGUCCUUUUCGUUUUCGCGCGAAAUGUAAAAAGAAACAUCGUCCCUCUCAAAGUAGUCGUCCGUGUGAAACUGUCUCCACUAGUGCUCUCAAUUUUCCUGUUUUAUCCACAUUUUUGUCCGUCUUUCUCCAAAUUAUUUAAGCAAUAUGGCUUCUGUAAGAAGUAGAAAUCACCAAGGUGAAAAAGAGGACGACGAAUUUCGGAGCUGGAGAUCACCACAUCACAAAACAAGUGAUCAUUUUCGCAAGCACGACCGUCAUCAUCAUGAGCAACAAGGGCAAGGCGAGACGCGGGAACGUCGUGACCGUGAGCGGUACAAUGAUCGCCGGGGUAGUUCGGACAACAAUGCCGGUCACAGAACACGCUACAGGGAGAGCAAACCUCAUCGAUGGACGAGCGAUAAAAGAACACCCGAUGGCAAUAAGAAGAUGGACUUAAAAAGUAGCUCAGAGUUUCCUUCCCUUGGAGCUAAGGAAAUGAAAACCAGAUCCAGUUUCACACCAGACGUUGUGCGGCCGUCCACCCAGCGAAGCGUCAUAACCUCGAGUGCAAGCUGGGCAGAUAAAAUAGUGCAAUUCGAGCAGGACAAACAACGAGCCAUGAAGGACAUGAUGAAGUACAAACGUCGUCUGCUGAUGUCCGAGUCCAGCGACGGCAGUAACGAAGAUCAAGAUCUACACAAAGGCCACAAAGUAAACAUGAGUGCCGAGCCCAAGAAAGAAUACGAAACCGAUGAGAAUAUCAUCGUACGCCGACAGAAGCAGAUAGAGUACGGAAAGAAUACGCUCGGAUAUGACAACUACCUGCAAGAGGUCCCCAAGAACAAACGAGCAAAAGGAAAGCACAUGUCAACGCCAAACAAGUUCCACAAAUGCAGCCGUCGAGCUUGGGAAGGUUUGGUCCGCCAGUGGAGAAAGAAACUUCACGAGUAUGAUCCAGCGGACACCUACAAACCAGAUACAGUCGCCAGAAAGGAACUCCAUUUCUCAGAUACAACUUCAGAAGCCUCGUCCACCGACACUGACGCCAAGAUGGACAUCGAUCUCAACAACUCUCUGUCUUCCGCCAUCAGUGACUACCUCGCAAGUAAUGAAAGCAGUCGCCCUCAGACUCCGGAAUUGGUGAAAAACAGACCAACAACUCCAACCACUGAACUUAAAGGACUGAGCGUGAAUGACCACCUCAACGGGAACCAUCCGGAGGUCAAAGUACCGAAUCAAAGAGAGAAGGGUGAUACGGCGACCCCUGACUCGACACUGACCCCGACGGUAACCCCAGCUGAUCACGAGGUCGAAGACAAUAACAACUACCAGCCACAGUUCAACCCAGGUGAUUUGUUAGCGGCGCUACAUCAGGCCUCACAGAAUAUGCAGCCACCCCCUCAGGUCAUGCCUGCGGUGUUUAACCUCAACCUCCAGUGUGCGCGACCUCCACUUGUCCCCUUUGUCGUCCCCAACGUCAAUUCGCUACCGUGCCCCAAAGGCGUCAACGCAAACCAACAGAUGUCCAAGAAAGCCAAAAAAGGUGACAUCUUUGAUAAUUUCAACUUGGAUGAUUGUUUCAAAACUGAUGAUGUGCAGUGAAUUAAUUUUUAUCAUAUAACAUCGGGCGUCUAACACCUUUGCAGGUUGGAGUAAUUAGCUCUGAAUCUAUACCGAAUUUUAUAUUUAAAAUGAUUCAAAAUCUUUGACCCAAAUAAUUGUUAAAAUCUUUUGACAGCAUGUUAACAAUUAGUACUUUUGCAAAUGAACAUCAAAUCAGAAAUUGAGGCGAAUCAAAGUUUUUAAAGAUGUCUCGUCCUAAAAUGAAAAAAAGAGUAUGUUAAACAUUUUAUAGUAUCACAAAAAGAGAUAUUUUGUUUCUUUUAUGUAUUAACGUUUUACUUAUAAACUCAUUUAUAUUGAAACAUCUUGUGAGCAAACACUCAUCAGCAGUUUUAAGUUUUUAAAGUUUUAAAGAUGUGUGUCGUGUAAUUUACAAAAAAAACUACCUUUGUUCUGUAUUUUAUAUGGUUGUUAUUUGUUUUCCUUUUAUAGCAUUUUAUACACUUAAAUAGUUUUUAGGUCAAACAAGUGAAAGACUAGAUUAGUAUUUAAAACCAAUGAACAUUGUUUUAACAAUAGUUUCAAAGUUAAUCAAUCACUGAAAAUUAGUAGAAGCAAUCAACAAAAGUUCUGAUACUUUCUUUCAAAAACCAAAUGUAAAUAUUUAACUAAAGUUAUACUUUCAUCGCUAUAUUUUUUGGCUAUUUUAAGUUCCGUUUCCCCUUUCUAGUUUAUAACAAAACUUCUUUGCACAUUUUAAAGAGGUUUAAAUUUAAACGUGAAAUAGCGUUACUUUUUGUUUCUUUUGUUAGUUGUACAGCUGUCCAUGUGUACACUUCAAAGGUUUCCAUUGUAAAGUGUUAACAUUUGAUGUAUUUUUUAUUAUAGAUCAACUGUAACAAGUGUAACUUUGUUUAUUCCAGUUACCUCGCUAACUUUUGGGCAGGAUUAAAGGAACACCCACAAACUUCUGCCGAUAUUUUAAUUUGCUUCGUAUGUUUUAAACAAUUGCCAUGCUUUAAAAGUCAGUGUAAAGGUCUUAAACUGCUUUGGGUCCAAUCUUCAAUAUUUACAUCUGUGAGUCGUUCAGAAAAAAAUUGUUUGUGUACUACAGGGUUCUUUUUCAAAACUGUGGGGCUUUCUUGACCCAAAUUUGUAAAGUUGGGCUGAAGCAUGCUGAAUUAAACAGGCAUGAGAUUGUUCAGACUUUUGGCUGAACUCAGACUUUCUAUGUCGGCCUGGUGAAGAAAAUCAGACAAUA